CCAAAUCCAUCCCUUACUUUAGUCUCAAUUCCUACUUCUCUCUUCCUGGUUGAAUUUAAUUUCUAACCUUGUCUCAAAGUUGAAAGUAUUUUAUCCCCAAACAAUUUGGAAAUGGGAAAAAUCGCCCUUCUUCUUCUUGUCGUGUUUUUAGCAAAUUGUGCAUCUGGGUCGGAACCGCAUUUUAAGGGAAGGAUGGCAAGAACAGCAACGAUUAGUCCUAAUUUUUCGGAGAAGAGGAUGCGGAAUUUAGGCGGAUAUAAGAGUGGUGGUAAAAACAGUCUUCUUUACGCCACCAGAGUUCAGGGAUCCAUGAUCGUGGGCUCAUAUUAUGGAGACGAUGGUUCCGUCUGGAGCCAGGUGGAACCGAGCGGAUACCCUUACAAAGGAUAUUUUCAUUUUGUCAACAAAUUGACUGGAUACUGCCUCCAAGCGGGGAGUUCCACUGGUUAUGGCGUCGUUGAGAAUGAGGACAGAGCCGUCAUCAUGCCCUGUGAUGGGGGUGAACCGACACAAAUAUUCUCCAACGCAGACUAUUACGGGGUUGGCACAGAGCAGUUUAAAGAUCUCAGUAGCGGGAAAUGCCUCACGAUGGAAGUGGACACGAGUGAGGUGUACAUGUAUGACUGCGGCUAUUACAAUGAUAACCAAUGGUGGGACAUGUUCAGGGGUUGGUAAUCCCGUCCAGUUGGAGAAAUUUCGUUCUCUCAUUGCCUUAAUCAUGCAACGGGCAUAUUUGUUCUAUUUAUAUGCACUGGUUGUUGUUCACUUGGUAUUUUAAAUAAGUUUUUGUAAUAAAUUAAUUUCUCAGCUAAAAAAUA